UCCUUGAUAAUGAAAAGUGCGAGCGUUACAACAAAAGUUGCCUCGAUGGUCUGUUUUAUCUCCAUACUGGUGCCGGUGAAUUUCGCAUCGGACUUCGCGAACGUGACCCUGGGAGCCGACGCUCCAGGGACGGGCCGGGAUCCGGGUCUCUUCGACCUGUUCCCCAACUUCCCGCGUCCCUUCAAAAUAAUCGCCAAGCCGACACCGGGCCCGAACAAGACGCAGACGAUCCCCAAACCCCAGAAGGGCUCUAACAGGACGCAGAGCCCUCAGAAGCAAACUCCCUCGACGGGGAGCGUGGAGAUCCCUGCGAAUCUGACCCUACCGCUUCCCGUCUCCCUCGGAGGGACGACUCAAGCGGCGCCGGUGAGUGUGGUCAGCGAAACCGUCCCUGCGAGCACGGAUGCUCCGUGGUUGGGGCAGAUCAAGUACCCGUGCUCGUGCGACGGAGGGACCUGCGGGUGUUGCACGGGACGCAUCCUCCAGAACUUCAACAUCAACUUCCAGCAAAGGGGCUGCGUCAACGUUACGUACUUCAACGAGGACUUCGAGUUUCACGUCCGGAUGAUCUGGAACGAUCGCGUUUUCUAUCAGCGCAGGAUGUCCGGAAAGAACCCACCUCCGCUAUGCAUCCCCCUGCCGCGGGUGGUGAACCUGAAGUUCUGCGUCAAGUUCAGCAACAUCUACAUGAUCGGGCGGAACAUGCACAUGUGCAUCGACAUCGAGGGGCUCCUGGUGGAGUACCAGGUGUUCGCCUUCAGCUUCGACUGCAUCCGGCUGGGCAGCAACGGGUUCGCGGUCGUGCGGCCUGAGGACGGCGGGGGGUUGGGACCCCCACCGGACGAGGACCCCUACAUCCCCAAGCCCAAGCCCACCAAACCCCCGAAGCCGCCCAAACCCCAGAGCACCAAGCCCAAGCCCCCGCCCGGGUCCCAAAGCGGCAACAAGCCCAACAAACCCAAGCCCGACGGCACCACCACCGAGGACUACGACGCCAUCGUUGCCAGUGAGGGGGAUGAGAUAGACUCCGCCAAAAGUGCUGUUCAGCUCUGAGUGCUAGAGUGCCACAAUUCGUUGCCCCUCUGCGGGCCGAUUAUUGAAACUUAUAGACAAAGUUAUAGACAAA